AUGUUGAUAAAAUGUAAAUUUAAUUUAGUUUGUAACGAUGGUUCCAAUCCAUGUCAAUUGGAUAAUCCUGAAUCAUCGAAUGCAUAUUUUUUACCAAAAAAUGGUUAUUAUUGUUUAGAUGCUUUUAAUGGACAAAUUAUUUGUACAUGUCCAGAUAAUUCAACAACUCGUGAUCGACCUUGUCGUAUUUGUGAUCGUACUCCAAAUCCAUGUGGAGCUUCACCAUCUCUUGUAACAUGUACUGAUAUAAAUAAAUCAUAUUCAUGUUUAUGUAAUGAUGAAAAAGGAAAAUUAAUUGUUUCAACAACAUCAUGUGAUAAACGAAUUAUUACACCUGUAGUAGUACCUGAAGAAAUAUGUCAAAAUGAAGGUGUUAGAGAUCCAAUAACAAAUAGAUGUCAUUGUCCAAGUGGUUUUACUGGUGAUGAAUGUGAACAUCAAGAAGAUGAUAAAUUAUGUGAUAAAAUUCAAUGUCAAUCGAGUGGUAUAUGUUCUGUUCGUCAAAUAAAAUCUGGUGGAAGAAAUUAUCAAGCAAAAUGUCUUUGUCGAGCUGGUUUCGAUGGAGAUUUUUGUGAAAGACAAAGUGUAUUGGGUUCUUGUACAUCAACAUUCUGUUUAAAUGGAGGUAUUUGUCGAGAACGUGAAUUUGGAAAUUCUCGUUAUAAAUAUUGUCAAUGUAGACCUGGAUGGAAUGGUUUACAAUGUGAUAAACAAUAUUUUCGUUGUAAAUCAGCAGGAGAUUUUGUUGAUGAAUAUAUGAAAAAUCAAGGAAAAUAUUUUUGGUGUAUACCUUAUAAUUAUGAAUAUUUAAUUAAACAAUUAUCAUGUCCAAAUGGUCUGAAAUUUAAUUCUGAAGAACAAUUAUGUCUUUAA